AAUCUGAGACUAGGAAAGAACAAAGUGAAGGCUUUUAUACAACGCCACCACCACUCCAUUGGAACAGGUCGAAUAUCUGGCCAUGAUGAAGCUGGUGAUUUGGUGGGAAUUUAAGCGGGUAUACUGCUGUUGGUGAUCAUCUCUUCUGAGAAAGAAAAUGAGUAGCUCGGACAAUAGAUUCAAUUCCAGAAACUGGAGUCCUGGGAGCAGCCGUAUGUCUAACAAUAACAGGAUGUUCCAAGCAUCACUUAACGGGCCAGCGCUGUUCUCUAAACAUUCUCUUCAACAUGGAGCGGUAUUUCAGUUUCCAAGUGGAUCCUCAUCUCAUAGGCGAGUGAUCUUGGUACCAGGAGAGAUGGCACAUACACUAAAUCCUAGGCUAAGACAGUUCAUUCAAGACUUCCCUCCCACGAUGGGGGCGGUAAACCAGUGGCCCAUGGAGCUCCCUCCACAGCAACUAGAGUCCAGUAUAACUCAAGAAGAACAACACCGAGAUCGAAAUAAGUUAAAGAAGAUAAUCUACAAUCCUCCUACUAAAAGAAAAUGGUGUUUAUACUACAGAGACACUGGUGGUGGUAUUUUCAGUUCCAAGGAGCAGGAUGAUGACGGUAUUAAAGGAUGUGUGAUCUGUAUAGAAAACUUUGUUCCAAAUACGGAGGUGUUGGUCACUCCUUGCAAUCAUAUGUUCCAUGAAGAGUGCAUCAUUCCUUGGGUUAAGAGUCAUGGUCAGUGCCCAAUAUGCAGAUCUGCACUCAGCAAGCCGGACAGGGAUAAUAAUUUGCCCAUGAAUAACAAUACAAAUUCCUAUAGACAGAGCAGUAGCGAUGUUACUCCAGAUGAUACAAGUGCAGAUGAUCUUAUCUCACUUUUAAGAAACGUGGAAUUUCAAAGGAUGGCUUUUACUCAUUACUAAUGUAAUCGUCCAGCAGAGGAAGUUCUUUACUGCCAAGAAUAUAUCGCGACUUUACUACGACUGGUACCAAGUUAUGGAUCUUGUGAUAUUGCUACUUUUUUUUUUGAUGCAAAGUGAUAUUGCUACUUGUGUUGUUCAACUUUAUACUGAACUCUUACUCUUCAUGAGGCAUCUAUAUAUCAAUAAUUUGGAGUGU